GCUACAGAAGAAUAAGAGCGUCCGCCUUGCACAUGUGUUUACUAAAACUGUGCUCUGUACUGGUAGUAGAAAACUUGUUUAUAAUAUCAUUCUGUUUACUUCACUAACUGUAAUAUGGGGAAGCUCAAUGUUAUAGUGCUGAGGUAUUUAUCUCGAGAUGACUUCAGAGUCCUCACCGCUGUUGAGAUGGGGAUGAAGAACCAUGAAAUUGUUCCAGUGAGUCUUCUGUCAUCUAUUGCCAGCCUUAAACAUGGCGGCUGCAACAAGAUCCUCAGAGAACUCGUAAAACACAAACUUGUGGUGUAUGAACGCUCCAAAACUGUGCAGGGCUACAGGUUGAACUAUGGAGGAUAUGACUACUUGGCUUUAAAAACUUUGUGCUCCAGAGAAGUGAUUCUGUCGGUUGGUAACCAGAUGGGUGUGGGCAAAGAGUCAGAUAUUUACAUUGUUGCGAGUCCAAAUGAGGAGCAGUACGCUCUAAAACUGCACAGGCUGGGUCGCACCUCCUUCAGAAACCUAAAAAACAAAAGGGAUUACCACAAACACAGGAAGAAUAUGUCCUGGCUUUACCUCUCACGCCUCUCUGCCAUGAAGGAGUUCGCCUACAUGAAGGCUCUGUAUGACCGAGGUUUUCCUGUUCCCAAACCUGUGGAUUACAACAGACAUGCCGUAGUGAUGGAGCUCAUUAAUGGAUAUCCUCUGUGUCAGGUGCAUGAGCUGCAAGACCCAUCAGCGCUGUACAGUGAGUUCAUGGAGCUUAUUGUGAAACUGGCCAAUCACGGCCUGAUUCACGGAGACUUCAAUGAGUUCAACCUCAUGCUGGACGACCAGGACCACAUAACAAUGAUUGACUUCCCUCAGAUGGUGUCUACGUCUCACCCCAAUGCUGAAUGGUACUUCGACCGUGACGUUAAAUGCAUCAGAGAUUUCUUUGCAAAGAGAUAUAAUUAUGAAAGUGAGCUCUUCCCAACUUUCAAAGAUAUCAGGCGGUCCUGUUCUCUCGAUAUUGAAGUGUCAGCCAGCGGCUUUACCAAAGAUUUGGAGACUAAUGCUGAAUUACUACAUCCUGCUGGACCCGACGAUGAAGAGGUGGAGGAUGAUGAAGAGGCAUCGGAUGAGGAGGCAGAAAAGGUGGAAGAGGGCUUUGACAUCGAUGAAUAUAAACAUGCAAUGCUGGAACUGGAGGGACUGAAAGUCAGCGAAACGCCUGCAGUGACACAAGAUCAGAAAGAGGAAAGCAGUGAGGAAUCAAAAGACGUUCCAGAGGUGGUGCCCACACCUGGAGGCCACGAGGAAACAGGAGGAGAGUUUGAGGAAGAGCUGAAGGAAGCUGAAGAUGAAUGUCCAGAGCUGGCUGAACUCUCUGCCUCCAACAAAGAGUUCAAACCGUUCAGAGACUCGGACAGUCUUCAACAAAUUGCAGAACACAGAAGAAGGAGAACCGACAGUGAAGCCACCAUGGGCAGCAUAGGGAGCUGCUCUACUAUUCCUCCAGAGGUUGUGCGUCAGAAAGUGCGGCGGCAACUCACCCAGCAGCAGAAGGCAGCACAGAGGAGACGUCUGCAGAAGGGCGAGGCUAACCUGGUCACCAAAUCUAGAAGAGAUAACCAAAAUAACAUCAAGUCCAGCAUGGAGAGUGCCUCCUUCUGGGGAUAGCAUGCAAUUGCAGGACUGGAUUAACCAGCAAAUGUAAUUUAUGUCUACAUAGUUUGUUUUUUUUCCAGCUAUAUUUUCGGAUCUUCCGCUCCUUCAGCUGAAGAACUGAACAUUUAUCAUCAUCAAUGAUGGAAAAAAGGAAACCAGAAGUGUCUCUGCACAGCGAUUUAAACUGUUUUAUACAAUCAAUAGUAUUCAAAGCGUAAUCACAUAAUAAAAAUAUAUCUCAGAACUGG